CGGUCUUUGUAUGCAGGGCGUGUCCACCCUGUUUGCAGGUCUGUGUAGGGCAUGUAUGCUGGUGUCUUUGUGUGUGGGUAUGUGAAUGUGAGUGUGUGAGCGGGGAAGGUGUGUCUGCCUGUGAGGGAGGAAGUGUGGCUGGAGAGGAUUAGUCAUUCUGUAGGAUGUUGCCCAACAUGGCCAGAUGAAUGCUUCAGGCUUUCCUCUCUGUGCUGAGUGGAGGGGUCACUCACUGACUCCUGCUCCUUUAGAGGCAGGUAGCUCAGGGAGAGGUGUAUGUGUGUUCGUGCCAGCCCUGCCCAGCUAGGGAACAAGGAGAGCCUUGGGCCAUUCAGUGUGGGCUGAGGAAGAUGGGUGUGGAGAGGGGAUGCAUGCCCACGAGCACACCUGGCUGGCUGACAUCAGAGUCCCCUGUUUGACAUCUGGAAUAGAAAAUGGGUGAGUUGCCCUUAGAUAUCAAUAUCCAGGAACCUCGCUGGGACCAGAGCACUUUCCUGGGCAGAGCCCGGCACUUCUUCACUGUGACCGACCCCCGAAAUCUGCUGUUGUCUGGGGCACAGCUAGAAGCUUCCCGGAACAUCGUACAGAACUACAGGGCCGGCGUGGUGACGCCAGGGCUCACCGAGGACCAGCUCUGGAGGGCCAAGUAUGUGUACGACUCUGCCUUCCAUCCAGACACAGGGGAGAAGGUGGUCCUGAUUGGCCGCAUGUCAGCCCAGGUGCCCAUGAACAUGACCAUCACCGGCUGCAUGCUCACCUUCUACAGGCAGACCCCAACCGUGGUGUUCUGGCAGUGGGUGAAUCAGUCCUUCAAUGCCAUCGUUAACUACUCCAACCGCAGUGGCGACGCUCCCAUCACUGUGGGGCAGCUGGGAACGGCUUACGUGAGUGCUACCACCGGGGCUGUGGCCACGGCCCUGGGACUCAAAUCCCUCACCAAGCGUCUGCCCCCGCUGGUUGGCAGAUUUGUGCCCUUUGCAGCUGUGGCAGCUGCCAACUGCAUCAACAUCCCCCUGAUGAGGCAGCGAGAGCUGCAGGUGGGCAUCCCGGUGACCGAUGAACAGGGUCAGAGGCUUGGCCACUCGGUGGCCGCAGCCAAGCAAGGAAUCUUCCAGGUGGUGAUAUCAAGAAUCUGCAUGGCGAUUCCUGCCAUGGCCAUUCCCCCCGUGAUCAUGGACACCCUGGAGAAGAAAGACUUCCUAAAGCGCCGCCCCUGGCUGGGGGCGCCCCUGCAGGUGGGACUGGUGGGCUUCUGCCUGGUAUUUGCCACCCCCCUGUGCUGUGCCCUGUUCCCCCAGAGAAGCUCCAUACACGUGAGCAGGCUGGAGCCGGAGCUGAGAGCUCAGAUCCAUGAGGAAAACCCCAGUAUCGAAGUGGUUUACUACAACAAGGGACUUUGAGGGAGCGUCAGCCCCUGGCCUCCUCUCUCACCUCCUGGGGCUGCUGCUUUAGUGGAGCCUUGCCAUCCGUGCCACUUUUCCAUCUGCCUGGUACUGGGCGGCAGCCUGGUGUGGGAGCAGCCGUUGAGACCAGCAAUCCGUUAGGCUGGGAGAGGUGGCCCCGUAGCCUUUUUCUUUCUUCUGAUUUCAAAGAGCAGGGUCACAUGAUCCCUUUCUUCUGUGCUAGUGUGUCUACAUAUGUACAUAUGUGAUACGUGUGUGUACAGGCUGUCCAGGGAUGUCCUCGUGUCUGGCUUCCCUUCUUGGCCUCCUGUCACCUGCCAGCCGGCCAGGCUACAGGACUUUCUCACCUAAACAGUUCCACCAGCCAAGUCAUUCCUGAUGGAACCUUGCCCCUUCUGGACACAGGAGGAGACCCAGGAUCUCAGGACAGAGACUGAGGGACACUAGCAGGCUAAACUGGGCUGAAUCCUUCAGAUUUCUGCUUCCUAGCUCCCGAAGCUGACUCAGGAACUGGGCUGGCAGAGGACGACAUGGCAGGAUAAGGGAGGCAGGGGGCUUAUCGCAUUCCCCACAUCCUGGAACGGGUCAUUUCCUCUCCUCUUCUCUGCUAGAACAAAGGAGUGUCAGUGUCCUGUACUGCUCUUGCCAUCUCCCCAUCUCCCCAUCUCCCCCACACUGUAGUACGGGCAUCUUUAGGCACAAUCCUAGGAGUUCUUGGGCCGCAAGACAUCAUAACCUUAAGUCUAAAGUUACAAUCCCAACCCCUUCCCCUAACCAAAAAGCCACGAAGGCCGAGCAAGCAUUCCUGUUUAAGAGCCCCCACUGCACCCUCUUAUGGAGGGACACAGCGUGGGAACGGUGCUUAAACUCCACAGGUGUCUGAGUGGCUGUAACUAGGACACCUCAAGGGCAACUAGGCCCUGAGCAUAUGAUCUCAAGACAGGGAAUUUUGUGUUCCACUGAUCUUGUUGGACGUUCAGCAGGAUCCUGAUCUUAGUUCCUUCUCUUUCUUGAGGCUUGGCCCUGCUCCCCCACACCCCCACCUCCAAGAGGAGGAAGGGCCCAGGAGUCAACGGCUGGUCCAAAGGGGAGGUGGACUUGGGGAUGGAAUAUGUGCUGGUGAAUUCACGGAGUGCAGAGCUGGACCAUGACUCCAGCUCCUGUGACCUCUGGCUGAAGUGGGUUGAAGGCCCCAGUGUGAUCCUCUAAGAGCACUUUCCUGCUCCCCCAACCAACCGCCACCAGUAAUAAAAGCUAUGGUGCCACUGUUACUCAAUAAACCAAAAACCUGUCUACUUCUUGAUCUUCACUCAAUUCCACGUCCUGAGUGCCCAGGAAGAGCUUCCUGCCUGCAGCUCUCCCUUCUCUCCCUACAAAGUUCAGUCCUUAGUCUU